CCCUAAAUUCCUAACAUAGUGUCUAGGGUUUCUUCCUAGGGUGUUGACUGGUCUCCCACGUUUUCUCUCUGGCUCAUUGCUCGAUUGGAAUUUGAAACGCGAGAAGUGAAGUGAGAUUGAAUAAUCACAAGCUAGCAAGCUCUUCCUCUGAUCCCAAUUUUUUUCGGAUCUGGUUUUGACGAAUCUGCCGACAGCUCCGGUGAUGAAUGUUUCAUUCGAUGUCGUUCCAAUUCCUGAAGCUCCGGCCGCCGCAGUCGGCGGUCGAAUUAGCUGUGUGGAACUGAAGAGACAUCUGAGGAGCUCAGCUCGGACUGACCCCCCUUUAGCUUUCAUGGAUAAUGUUGCUGCUGAGACCCGAUCAAAUUCAAGAUUUGUCCGUCUUCUUGAGACUCCCCAUUUUCUGUUAUCAUCUGAUCGUCGUUCAAAACAAUUUCUUGUUAUUGACAAUUAUUAAAAAAAAAAAAAAACUGUUAUCGACAAUAACUUGGCAAAGGAAUGCGGUAGCCAUUCCCGGUCGGGAGGAAGCUCUCCUUCUGCCGAAGGAAAAGGACAAUGUUCCCGGCAAUUUUGACAAAUGUCGGAGACAGGAGCUGUUGAAUUUCCCUACAUCUGACGCAGACUAACUGUUCAAAACGAAUCUCGAACAGACAGAGGUUUUAAGCAUCUCUCCUGCUAGAGAUUGGAGUUUCUCGGUUGUCGCCUUUCAUUCGUGAGAUGCCCUUUGCUUGCUGAUGGCCAUUUCUUCGGUGAAAUUGGUAUCUUUUUGGUUUCCGUUUGUCCAUUGCGAUGAAACCGAGCUUUCUUCUGAACUGAAGAUCAAACAAAGAUAAAGAAUUUCCCUCCGAUUGUCGUCUCUUCUGCCCGUCCAAUACCCAUUUUCCAAAUUGCCGGCCGAUCAAUGUCACUUCUUCAUAGAAGUUACGCCAUGUCUCCUUCCUCGCCCUCUUGUUCUUCUCCUUCAGGCCAUCAACAUCGUCCUAGCACAGAGUUCUUUCCCACCAAUGUCGAAGCCUCAUAAUAGCCUUCACCUUACCCUCCUCCACAUACUCUUACUGCUAGCAGCGGCGAUGACCACCUCUGCGCCUUCCCCGUGGCCGGUCGAUGAGACCGCUCCCCUGAUCACCUUCCUCGAGCUCCUGCAGGACGCCGCUCUCGCCACCUUCGGUUCCAAGGACUUCGACCCCAAGUUCUACAUCGACCUGUCCCUCAGGUUCAGCUUGCCUGUAGUCGAGAAGGCCUUCAACUCCCUCCCCAAGUCCCGUAAUGGCACCGUCCCCCCUGCGGACUUGGAGGGGUUCAUAGCCAAGUACUUCAGGAGUCCUGGUGAGGAUCUGGUGGUCGUACACCCGCCUGAUUAUGUUCCCGAGCCGGAGGGGUUCCUGCCCAAGGUGAAGCACCCGGGGGUGAGGGCGUGGGCCCUGGAGAUUCAUGCGCUGUGGAAGAACCUGAGCAGGGGAGUGUCUAGUUCUGUCAGGGACCAGCCCGAGCUCCAUACGCUGCUUCCCCUGCCAGAGCAGUUCGUUAUACCCGGUUCGCGAUUCAGGGAAGUGUACUACUGGGACUCGUAUUGGGUGAUCAGGGGACUGCUGGCGAGUAAAAUGUAUGAAACUGCUAAAGGGAUAGUGACAAACCUCAUAUACCUUCUUGACACAUAUGGCCAUGUCCUUAAUGGUGCAAGGGUCUACUACACUAACCGAAGUGAACCUCCCCUUUUAAGCGCCAUGGUUCGGGCCAUAUACAGCAGGACACAUGAUAUAAAUUUGGUCAAGAAAGCAAUUCCCGUUCUUCUCAAAGAACAUGGAUUCUGGACUUCUGGCGUUCAUCAGAUCGUCGUGCGGGAUGCUCAUGCUGAGAGUCACUGUCUAAGUCGGUAUUAUGCAAUGUGGGAUAAGCCCCGGCCUGAAUCUUCGACCAUUGAUAAGGAAUCUGCUUCAAACAUAUCAAAUGGUGCUGAAAAGCGGCAGUUUUACAGGGAAGUGGCUUCGACAGCUGAAUCGGGUUGGGAUUUUAGCACCAGGUGGAUGAGUGGAAACAAAAUACAUCUGCGCACCUUUCUAGAGAAAAAAAAAGGUAUCCCUCUGAGGAAGGAGCAAAAGCGGAAUCCGAAGGACAUUACAACAUUGAAAACGACGUCAAUAUUACCUGUUGAUUUGAAUGCAUACAUACUUGGGAUGGAACUUGACAUAUCAUUCUUGGCAAAAGUUGCUGGGAAUCAUAGCGUAACCAAGCAUUUCUUGGAAGUUUCGAAAGCCCGCGAGAAGGCCAUCAGAGCUAUUUUUUGGAAUGAAACGAAGGGACAGUGGUUUGAUUAUUGGAUUAAUGAUCACAGUUCCUGCAAGGAAGGUCGACUUUAUGAAGAUGGAAAGCAGAAUCAGGCUGUCUUUGCUUCAAAUUUCAUCCCUCUAUGGAUCAAACCAUUCAAUUCAGAUGAGAAAUUGAUGGACAAAGUCCUGAGAAGUCUUAAAAGUUCAGGCCUGCUUUGCCAUGCUGGUAUUGCAACAUCUUUGACAAAUUCAGGACAACAAUGGGAUUUUCCCAAUGGGUGGGCCCCGAUACAACACAUGAUAGUUGAGGGCCUCGCAUUAUCGGGAUCAAGUGAUGCUAAGCUAUUAGCAGAAGAAAUUGCUACCAGGUGGAUCAGAACAAACUUUGCCACUUACAAGAAAAUGGGUGUAAUGCAUGAAAAGUACAAUGUGGAGAAGUGCGGAGAUUAUGGAGGGGGUGGAGAAUAUGUGCCACAGACCGGUUUUGGGUGGUCGAAUGGAGUAGUGCUGGCAUUCUUGGAGGAGUUCGGGUGGCCUCAAGACCAGGAGAUAGGGUGCUGAUGAGAUUCCAGAUGUGCUCUGUACCAAACUAAAAUAGAUGCCAAAAUUCUUGCAUCCCUUUGAGCGUUAUCACUCCGCUUCGCCUGUCUGUCUUCUUUGAGAUUUCCCAUUUGCUUGUCAUGGCACAUUCUCCAACUUAGCCAUUUGGAUGUAAUAAUAUCUCUUCUUCUAUCUUUCUCGGUUUCUUCUCCAUAAUAUGAUCAAAGCAGUUGCCUUCCUCUCA